AUGAAAAAGAUCAAGCAAUAUCCCUACUAUACGCUGUUUAGGUUGGGCAUGUUUCAAUGUACCUUAGAUACUGUAGAAAGGUACUAUAGUGUACUGGACUGUAAUGAUGAUGACUGGGCUGGUGCAAAAGUUCUCAUACUCACUGCAAUUAAUUUUGAUGCACGACGAGAGCUCCAGCUAACUUGGGUAGAAGAUUGCUAUCAAGAGAAGAAACGAAUCAUCAGCAAAGAGAACCAAUCUCUACAUACACAACUUCUAUCAAACACUGCAAUAAACGAUGAUGAUAAUGAAAGGUUGCGUGAAAUAUAUGAUGUUAUGGUUCGAAAUUAUCGUCUGGAACAAACGGUAUCGGAGAUGAAAAAGGUCUUAAUUCAUUCUCAAUUGAGUAAGGAAAUUUCAUUGUUAGGUCAAGCGAUGAAGGAAAUAUCAGAUUCACCAAGUGGCAAUUCCACUAUACAAGACAAAUUGUUUUAUUACGUCAGCCACCAUGUGCAAAGUAAACCUUUACAAAGCGAUAGAACGAUGCGAAGCGAAACUUCACCCUUUCUUAGCGAGCUGUCUUUCACUACUAGGCGAAAUGGAAUUUGCAUAGGUAUAACAUUGCGAUGCCCAAAUUUACCAAGACAGGCAAUAACUGCUGAUCAUGAAGGAUUUAUAUCUGUAUCUUCUGACCUUCCUGUACCAAAUAUUGGCGAACAAGGAAAGGCAUAUUUAUUAGCAGGAAAAAAUCCGGCAACCUUUAUACAAGACAUUAUCUGGGAUUGGAUUGAUAAAGUGAAAAUGACUACUUAA